ACGGAACGCCAGACUGUUAUGUUAUGUAGUUAGAUGCUAUCUUACAAAACGGGAACAGUGAUGAGCGUUAUUAACGUUAUCGGUCUCAUUGUUAUUUCGUUAACUUGCUGCUUCUCAAGUCAGUCGAGCCAACAAACUGAAUAUUAUGCCAAUUUAAUAACACAAAGAGUGCUUAAUGCCCAAAAAUACCAACCGCCCGAUUAUUACAAAGGUUUCGAUGUUAGUGAGAAAUACACAGCUCCUAAAGACUUUGGAGUCUUUGACUUUAUCGUGGUAGGAGCUGGAGCUGGAGGGUCACUUUUAGCAAGACGUCUGUCAGAAGCCCAUGAUUGGAAAGUUUUGCUAAUAGAAGGGGGUGGUACAAGUGACGAUUUUGUUGACAUACCGGCAGCAUUUAAUCACCUGUUAACUUCUGAAUAUAGCUGGGGUUUCAAGACAACUCCACAAAAAGUUUGCGAAGAUAGCAUCGGAAGUAUAUGUACAUAUCCUAGGGGCAAAGGCCUGGGUGGUACAACAUUAAUUCACACCGUUGUACACGCUCGUGGAAUUCCAUCCGAUUAUGAUUACUGGGAAAAACUAGGACUAGACGGUUGGUCGUUUGACGACGUGUUUCCCUAUUUCAAGCGUUACGAAAAUGCAUCCAUACUUAAAGACAUUGAUCCUGAUUAUCACGGGUUCAACGGUCCGUUUGCGGUAGAGAAUUAUCGAAACUCAUCAGAGUUCGAAGAGGCUUUCAUAGCAGCGUUGGGAACUUUUGGAAUCACCAAAACCGAUUAUAAUGGUCAAAAAGUUUACGGUUACGGACGUUCGCAGCUAGCAACACACAAUGGUAAAAGAAACGAUGCCUUCAAAUGCUUUAUAUCAGACGUUAUUAAUAAAGAAAAUUUACAAAUACAAGACAAUUCGCUAGUUACGAAAGUAUUAAUUAGAAACGCAACAGCCUACGGAAUUGAAUUCAUACAUGACAACAACAGGUACAUUGCAAAAGCAACCAAAGAGGUUAUACUGUCAGCAGGAUCGGUAGGAUCUCCUCAAAUACUUAUGCUGUCAGGAGUUGGGCCAGCGAAUGAAUUAUUGAAACACAAUAUUACUUUGGUAAAAGAUCUUCCGGUUGGAAGGGAAUUCCAAGACCGUCCUGGUAUUAGUAUGUACAUAACCACUGACCGAUUUGAAGAAGCAGAUCUAAAAGCUGUGAUUGCACAAUAUUUACAAGGUCAUGGUCCCAUGAGCGUUUCACAACGAACUGUGGUCGCUUUUUACAAAAACAGUAGAAACAGUCCUGUUGAGAUCAUGCUACUUGACGGCGAAGGUUUCACAGUAUACAACAAUUCAGUAAAUUUUGGGAAAACCGGUUUAAAAAGUUUCGGAAUUCGUACCGCCCUCCUAAAACCAAAAUCUGUUGGAAACUUGACGUUGGCAUCGAACGACCCACUGCAGUUUCCUGUAAUAAACACGAAUCUUCUGGGCGAACCUGACGAUGAAGAGUCCAUUAUAGAAGCUCUAAACUUCAUGGCUGACGUUGCAGAAUCGGAACCCAUGAAGAAGUUUAAUGCCACGAUCAAGGACGAUACUGCAUGUAAAGUUUUCCCGUUCAGAAGCAAACGUUACUGGAAAUGCUAUUUACGUACUUCCAUGUCGGAUCAUGCACUUCAUCCCAUUAGAUCUUGCAAAAUGGGCACAAAUCCAAAUGAUUCCGUUGUAAAUAACAGACUUCAGGUCCACGGUAUUAGUAACUUGAGGGUAGUCGAUGCCAGUGUGAUGCCAACUAGCGUUACUGGACAUCAAUUUGGUACAGUUUUCAUGAUUGCCGAAAAAGCGUCAGAUAUGAUUGCAGAAGACCAUGGAAAUAUUAUUAACUCGAGCAGGUAGCGAUGGAAUUAAGUUACAAACUGUUCAUAUAACUUAUAACAAUAUUACUUUCUUACUGGGUAAAACAUACCAUUCCGAAAAAAGUAAGGUAGCAUUUUAAGGAACAUAAAAAUAAAAAAUGCUGGAGUAAAACACAUGGUAUAUCUCAUUUCCUUUUAAGGUUUUGGUAAUUUAACCUUCGUAUUUUGUACUGCGUUAUCAGCUGUAACAUAUCCGGAGUCAGGUUUAACCUUAGAUAGUAGUACUUUUUAUCCGUCAUAACAUUGUGAAAAUUUUCUAAAUAAAAAUUAAACGAUUGUGCAACUUGA